GAGGAACAGCAGAGGAGAGCUGCAGAAGAGGAACAGCAGAGGAGAGCUGCAGAAGAGGAGCAUCAGAGGAGAGCUGCUCUAUUUGAGGAGCAGCAAAGGAAAGCAGCUCAAGAGGAGCAACAGAGGAGAGCUGCACGAGAGGAACAGUGGAGGAGAGCUGCUCUAAUUAAGGAACAGCAAAGGAAAGCAGCUGAAGAGGAACAACAAAGGAGGGCAGCUGAGGAGGAGCAGCAGAGGAGGGCUGCUCUUAUUGAGGAGCAACAAAGGAAAGAAGCUGAAGAAGAGCACAAUAGGAGAGCUGCACAAGAGGAGCAACAAAGGAGAGCUGCUCUGAUUGAGGAGCAAAGGCGGGCUAAACAGAUGGAAGAGAUACUCGCUGAUAUUGAGGAGGAAAAGAAAAGAAAACAGAAAGAGGAUGAAAAUGCUGCUCAACUCUCCAAGCAAGCAAAGCGCUUCAUUGAAGAGCAGGGGGGCGAAAAUCAGAGAAGAGAACAAUUGAUGAGAAUUCGGAGAGAAGAAGCAGAGAGGAAAAUUGUUCAAGGGGAGAAAACAAUUACAAACCAAAGAGAAGAAAAGCAACCCAAAGAGGAGAGCACUAAACUCCUCGAGGAGAGUCAAGUAGCACUGAUAAAGCAGAAGAGAGUAGCCCAAGAACAGAUGUUUGCUCAAAGAGCGGAUGAGAUCAGGGCGAAAAAAAGAGAGGAGGAGGAAAAGUUAGCAGCCUACAGAGAGAAAGAGAGAGUCACUCAGAUGGAGGAGCAGAAAAGAGCAGCACCGAAGGUGGACGCUCUCCAGUACUAUGCCAUCACCUCAGCAGAAUCAGAGAGGAAACCCAGAGAAAGACAACCUUGUUCCCCUUUACCCUCCCAAAGAAGAAACAAUACACCAGGGCUUGAGUCAACUGAGGACCACCACAGUGGGUCUCAUAGACCACAUGCCCCUGCAUCUCCAGCUCCAUCUCUGCCCCGCUCCAGCACCUCCUCACCUGCUCUUGGAGUCAAACCCUUAAUGUUCAGGGUGAAAGAUAACACUAUGAGAGGUUCCUCGCUCACCAAGUCAAUCAAACCACGCUUCCAUAAGAACUUUGGAGACGAUUUCCGAGUGGGUUCACCCAUGGGGUCAGAGAGGGGAGAGGAGGAGCAAGAGACAAUUAGACGAAGUGCUGUAACUCCUGUUCAUUCUGACACUGGGUUAAACAGACUUGCUGCUAUCAAAGAUUCCUCAACUUUUCAGCAAGGGUCCUCAAUGCAGGAUUACUCAGCCCCUCCCCAACAUCAUAGGCCUUACUCAAGGAGGAGCUUAGCUCUGGACGAAGACGACUCCCGGUCUAUCAUCAGCAACAUUUCAGAGGAUGUAGAGAGUUUUGCCACCAGUGCAGCGGACCUGGCAGAGCUACGAGGCCUUUAUGACUAUGACAGGCCCGAGUCGGCCUGUAGCUUCAGCAGUGACGUGUCCCGUUCUUUGGGCAAGCCUCCAGCUGUUCCCCCAAAGAGUGAGAAAGCCUUGCGCAGGGCACAGAGGUUGACUACUCGGAGAAUCAAGAAGGAGUUGUCCAAAGGUGGAGCAGACAGCACCGCUAGAAUUCAGAAACCUCUUCAAGAAGUCUCAAGCACUCCUUCCUCCUCCUCCACCGAGCUCCAGUGACCCAGUACCAUGUAGAGUCAGGCUAUCCUCAGGCCUACCCACUGACCCAGCGUAAGGUGCUGCAAGACCUCGGCUCUGGGCAGUAUUUUGUAGUGGAUGUGCCAGUUCAAGUGAAAACAAAGACUUUC